ACUUUUGUUUUCUCGCUGUCCCUGGGAACCAAACAGUGCCACCAACCUUCACAACCUCUCACUAUCAUCACAUCACUCUCUCACUCUCUCUCUCCUCGUUUCUCUGUCAUCACUCCACACAGACAAAUCGCACUCAAUACUCACUCUUCUUCUUCACAUUCUCUUUCACUUCAUUCUUCAUAACAUGACCAAAGCUCAAAUAUCUUUUCCCCACUUGAGGUUAUGAAUCCCCCCCAACCGCCGCAGGCCCACCGUCCCUCCACCUCCUGCCCCCGCCACCCCGACGAAGCCUUCACCGGCUUCUGUCCCUCAUGCCUCUGCGAACGCCUCGCCCUCCUCGACCCCAACAACAACAACAGCCCCGCCACUGCUCGCAAACCUCCAUCCACCGCCGCCGCCGCCCUUAAAGCCCUCUUCCGCCCACCCGCCCUCCCGGAGCUCCGCCGCACAAAGUCCUUUUCCGCCUCCAAAAACGAACCUUUCUCUACCUCCUUCGAACCCCAGCGCAAAUCCUGCGACGUCCGCGUCCGCAGCACCCUCUCCAACCUUUUCCACCAAGACCUCAAGCCCCAAAACGACAAACCCCCAGAACUAAACGACAUUCGCCCACGUGUUCUCGACCAGCCCGUAGAUAAACAAGAACCCCAAGAAGAAGAAGAAGACGAGAAAGACGAGAUCAGGGUUGUCGAAGAGCCCAAGGUCAAUGUGAACGAAAUAGUUGAAGUCAUUGAAGAACUUGAAGUUGAAGAGAUAGACACAGAGAAAGAGAAAGAAAAAGAUAAGGAAGAAGAGCUUGUUGCUAUCGUUGAAGAAGAGGAGGAGCUGAAGACAAUGAAGGACCACAUCGACCUUGACUCAUCACAAGCGAAGCAGCAAAAAGCGCGUGACUUCAAGGACCUCGCGGGAAGCUUCUUCUCCGCGGCUUCGGUUUUCAGCAAGAAAUUGCAGAAGUGGCGGCAGAAGCAGAAAGCGAAGAAGCGGAGGAACGGUGCUCUUCCGGUGGAGAAGCCGAUCGGGCGGCAGUUCCGGGACACGCAGUCGGAGAUCGCCGACUACGGCUUCGGGCGGCGGUCUUGCGACACCGAUCCAAGGUUCUCGCUGGACGCAGGGCGGUUCUCCCUAGACGCGGGGCAGUUCUCGCUUGACGCAGGGCGGAUGUCGUUCGACGACCCUCGGUACUCUCUGGAGGAGCCACGGGCGUCGUGGGACGGUUACUUGCUCGGCCGGAGCAAUUUUCCGAGGAUGCCGACGAUGCUGUCGGUUGUGGAAGACGCGCCGGUGCAGCAUGUGAUGAGGACUGAUACGCAGAUUCCGGUGGAGGAGGAGCCGGUGAAUGACGAUGAGGGCGUUCCUGGUGGGAAUGCACAGACUAGAGAGUACUACUCUGAUUCGAGUUCUAGGAGGAGGAAGAGUCUUGAUAGGUCUAAUUCGGUUAGGAAGAGUGUUAGUUUGGAGGUGGAUGAGUUGAGUAACAAUGGAAGCGGUGGUGCGAAUGGGAAUGGAAAUUUGGAUGUGAAUGUGAAUGUGAAUGCUAAGGUGGCUCCUUCUGGAGUGGAUUAUGUGCAGGGUGUGAGAAUGGGGUUUAAUGAAAGGGAAUUCGGGUCGAAUUCAAUGCGGGAAGAUUGCUAUUCUGAGAAGAUGUUUGAUGUGGGGGUGAUUGGGAAUGGGAAUGGGAAGGGGGGGAAGAAGGGGCGGCGAUGGCGGUGGAGCAUAUGGGGGUUUAUUCACCGGCGCGGCGGGAACAAGGAUGAGGAUGAGGAUAGGUAUAGCAGGGUGAAUGGGGUGGAGAGGUCUUAUUCGGAGACUUGGGGGGGUGAUGGUAGAGGUGGAGGUGGAGGUGGUGGUGGUGGUGGUGGUGGUUUUAAUGGGAGGAUGUUGAGGAGCAAUAGUAGUGUGAGUUGGAGGAAUGCUCAUGGGGUUGGAAAUGGUGGUGGUGGGUUUGGAGGUUUGAGGAGGAAUGGUGUGCAGGGUAAUGGGAAUGGGAAGAAGGGGAAGGAGGAGUUUGUGUUGGAAAGGAAUAGGAGUGCAAGGUAUUCACCCAACAACAUUGACAAUGGUCUCUUGAGGUUUUACUUGACCCCCAUGAGAGGAAGUAGAAGAAAUGGCUCUGUGAAAAGUCGGUCAAAUCAAGCGCAUUCUAUUGCAAGAAGUGUGCUUGGAUUGUAUUGACAUGGAAGAAGGUCCAUAAGGUGUUCUUUUGGUUUGAUGUUGUUAGUUUUGCUCUGCAUUUCUUGUGUAAACCACACAUGCCCUAUGUAUUCUUACUAUUACUACUAUUAUUAUUCUUCUUCUUGGUUGGUUGCUGCAUUUUUCUUUGACACUUAGUAGCAUGCUUCUUCAGUUUAGUUUACUCUUAAUAACCGGAGUUUUCAGUGUUUCUGCUUC